AUGUGGCUAGAGACACGCUGGAAGAACAUCCGCCAAACCUUGCUGCUUCUUUUCACUGCUGCUCUUCUCAUCGGGGUCACCAUGCUGGCCAUUUCAUCUAACAUCAACCCAGUAGGCUAUUUCUUUCUGGGGGUAGGGGGAGUGUGCCUGGUCGGCUAUUUGCUGAGUGUGUUUGUCGAGUGUUACCUGAGGAAUCAACACCAACAUGACACAAAUGAGAUACCUCCAAGGCAAAGCCAAGCAGGGGUGAAUGCUGCCUAUGAAGCGCCCACCUAUGAGGAGGUGAUGAACAUGUCAGCUCCAGCAAUAUGGACAAUUCCAUCCAAUCCAGGCUCAGUGCCCUCACCACUGAGCGAGCCUCCUCCUUACAAUGCAGUUAUUGAAUCCUCUGCCCAACAAGAGAUUAUGGUGGAGGCUCUCAGAGUGUCAGUGCCACCAGACACAAGGUACACCUCUGAGACAGAUACAGUCUCCAGGAUGCAGCUGCAGCUGGUGCUGCCCCCAAGACUCCAGCGGUUCGUUUCGGACAUCCAUGAGGAGAAAAAUAUUGAAGACAGGUUUGAACCACUAGAGCCACUCACGCCACCACCUGCUUAUGAGAGUGCCAUCAGUGAUGAGGUCUUUGAAGAUGCUUUCCCGCCCUCCACAUUAUGA